AAUUUAGAAAAAUAUACUUCGAGAUUUGGAUAAUUUUAACGUAAUAUGAUAGUGCAACUAAUUUUAGAUCUCUUAAUUACAAAAGGGAGACUCGAUAAUUGACAUCUUAAUUACGCACAAAUGGAUUCAAAUGUGAAAUACAUUAAAGUUUAUACGGUGUUGUAUAAUAUCGUACAUAUAGGUAAUUUUUUAGAGAAUUCGAUUUUGGUGACACUUACAGUUUCUAUUAGUAAUUAACAGCUGUCCUGUCCAAAGAAAAAAAAGAAUCAUUGUUCGGUACACGCGAGGUCAAUCUUUCGUGUGGCUAUCAAUAAUUUAUUUGGUAUUACAAAGUUUUUCAGUUUUCUUUUCUUGACAAAAAAAUGGAAGAUGUGACCGUGAUUUCUAAGAGCAUUGUUCAACCCGGAAAGAUCGGUCACUCGGGUCAGACAAAGAUCCAUCUUACUCCAUCUGAUCUUAGCCUUCUAUAUCUCGAUUACCCUCAAAGAGCUCUCAUCUUCCCAAAACCCAACCCGGAAACCCGUUUCAUCUCUCGGUUAAAGUCCUCUCUCUCUGCUGCUUUAGAGAUCUACUUCCCUUUAGCUGGUCGUCUUGUCAAAGUGAACAACCAUGAAGAUAAUACGAUAUCGCUUUACAUCGACUGUGACGACGGCCGUGGUGCCAGUUUCGUCCAUGCCAUAGCAGAAUCUAUCUCGGUAAGCGAUAUCUUUCACCCUCAUGGCUCUGUUCCUGACUUUUUCAAGCUUUUCUUCCCCGUGAACGGUGUUAGAAGCAUCGACGGACUCUCGGAGCCCUUGCUUGCUGUACAAGUCACCGAGAUAAAAGAUGGAAUCGUCAUUAGUUACGGUUACAACCACUUGGUGGCCGAUGGUUCUUCUAUGUGGAAAUUUAUCCACGGUUGGUCAAAGAUUUUCUUGAAUGGUGAAUGGGAGAAUCAUCAUCAGCCUCUUGUCCUCAGAGGAUGGUUCCUCGACAAGAUCGAUUUCCCGAUCCAUAUUCCGGUUUCGGAGAUAGAGACAGAGAGGGUGAAAAAUCGUGAAACUUCGACGAAAGAGAGAGUUUUUCACUUCACAAAAGAGAAAAUUUCAUAUCUUAAAGCUAAAGCUAACGGCGAAAUAGACUCAAGUGACAUAAAUAUAUCAUCCCUUCAAGCUGUUUUGGCACAUCUAUGGCGAUCAAUAGUUAGACACAGUGGUCUAAACCGAGAAGAAGAGAGUCAUUGCGGUGUAGCAGCGGAUUUCAGGCAGAGGCUAAACCCUCCACUUGAUAAAGACUGUUUUGGCAAUGUAGCCAAUCUUGGGAUGGCUACAGCCACCGUGGGAGAUUUGGUCGAUCGUGGACUGGGAUGGGCUGCUUUGCAAAUAAAUAAAACUGUGAGGUCGCAAACGAAUGAAAACUUUAGAACUUUUGCUGAGAAUUGGGUUAGAAAUGGUAAGAUCCCAAGAAUUGAUGUUAGAAGUAAAAGGGGUGAUCAUGUUUUUAUUGUCAAUAACUCUCCUUGGUUCAAAGUUUAUGAUAAUGAUUUCGGUUUGGGUAAACCGAUUGCCGUUCGAGCUGGACCGGCAAAUGGUAUUGGUGGCAAGCUUGUAGUUUUUCGAGGGAUCGAAGAAGGAAGUAUCGAUGUUCAUGCGAUAUUGACCUUCUCGUUAUGGUCCGAUGUGCUAGUGAACUUAUUUGAUGAUGUUGAAUCUACUAUGGAGAAUGUAACAAUUACAUGAUGUGCUACUAAAGAUAUUGAACGAUAAAUGCUGGAUCUAUGGAGAAUACUGUAUAUGUAACAAUUACAUGAUAUGCUAGUAAACAUAUUGAAUGAUGCUGAA